UAGUUUGGUUGCACGACGCGGUGUGUUGCCGGCAGAUCUGGAAGGGAGGACAGUGUCGGUGCAGUGGAGUUCUGGAGCUGAAGAUGGGAUUCGUGGCCACUGGUCUGGCUGCGGCAUUAGUUUUUUUCGUAACGUCUUCUAAGGCACUGAAAGAAGGGGAGUGUGAAGUAUGUUUGUCAUUCUUGGAACGAUUUUAUAACUCCUUGAAAGAGCAAGAUGUAAACUUCACUCCUGAUGUUAUAGAAGAACAUCUAAUCCAGCAAUGCAUGGAUGUCAAGGGCAAGGAGAACCGAUUUUGCUAUUACAUUGGAGCAACAGGUGAUGCAGCCACCAAGAUAGUUAAAGAAGUCUCCAGACCCAUGAGCAAUCAUGUGCCAGUUACUAAGAUCUGCGAAAAACUGAAGAAGAGCGACAGUCAAAUCUGUGAUCUAAAAUAUGACAAACAGGUGGACCUAAGUACAGUUGAUCUGAAGAAGCUGCGAGUUAAGGAGCUGAGGAAGAUUCUGGAUGAGUGGGGUGAGUCGUGUAAAGGCUGCGCGGAGAAAUCUGACUUCAUCCGGAAAAUCACAGACCUGAUGCCCAAGUAUGCUCCCCUUGCUGCCAAAUCACGGAACGAACUCUAGUGAAGCUCGAGGAUGCCCUGCCUCCAAUUCGUUAUUGUACAUUUCCAUUGGUUUUCACUUGCCUUUUUGUAUUUAUUAAUAAAAAGGGGACUUUAAUGUCUUGAGAUUUGCUAUAAAAUAAACUGAUUUGUGGGAAGUGUUGCUUGUGAUGUUUUGGGGGGUCAAUGAGUUAGAAAAUGGAAAUGUUUGUAAAAGUUGAUUUAAAAAAUGUACGAUGGCUGGAUUUCUAAGCAGUAAAAUGGAAUGUGGUCACGCAGCAAUUCCCUGAGAGUAUAGUAGCAUCUUUUUUUGAUGGUUAACACAGUUCUACAUUGUGAUUCACCUUCUAGGCCUUUGGUUCAAAUCUAUUACUAAUUGCCUGGGUUAGUCAGCACCCCUUGCAGUAAGGGUCUCGUGAAAUCAGUUGGAAUAAUUUGAACCUAUUCCUCAUUGCCUUGAGCUGUAAACAAACUUCAUAAGUUGGGUAUUUGGCAUUCCAGGCAUUUCUUUAGUAAAAUGUCUCUUAUGUGCAGCAAUUUCCAGCCCAGGUCUAAACUAGCAGAUCUAUAUGCUGAAACAGGAAUUGAUCUGAUACUCUGGCUACAUUUGCAAAGAUUUGCAAUUUAUUUUGUACAGCAAUCUGCACUGGCAAAUGUAUGUUUAUAAACACAACAAGUGCAGACAUGGGAUGAAACUGUGGUGAUUUCUCAUGCCCUUCUCUGCAGUCCUCUGGCCCUUCUUACUCAAGCCAUGGUUCCUUUUUGAAGAACUCUGGUAAGGGAGAGAAGUAGAGAGUACACCCCACUGAGGGGAGGUGGAGGAUAUAUUUCCAAGCUGUGCUGGGUGAGAUUUAUACUGAAGAUAUGCUUCAUAAUGUCAUGUUAAAGCAGUGAUGGCCUUGACAGCUCAGAUGGGAGGGUGAAGGUGCUUGGAGCUGACAUUGUAGUACUGUCUUCCUUCUCUGGUAGAAAUACCACUGACCUUCAGUGCAAAGACCUACACUUGCUCUCUGUCUCACCCAUUUUCAAGUAGGAAAGCAAGUUGUCCAGUGUGUCACUCGGAGCUCCCAGUACACUCUUAGAUAUCUAUUUACCCAUUAUUUUUGUUGUAUUUACAAAAAAAAUUGCUCAUUAAACAUUUUUCUAAAUAAA